AUGAAUUAUAAUUGGCUCUUCAUUGCUUCACUGACGACACUGUCCUUCAGCUACGGUGAGGAAACUAAGGUCAAAAACAAAACAACAAUUAAACUGAACAGCAAAUCCCCAUCAGAUCGUUGGCAAGCAAAGAAAAAAUUCAUAGGAUCAUGGAUGGAACACGUGAGAAGACAAUGGGAGGAUGAGGAACCAGACCCUGAGAGGGGCCCUGUGCGCGAAUCAAAUUACAACCCAAGUUAUGGCUACGAGCCGUACUGGCCCGGCGGCGAAUGGGUCCAUGUUACAACCCCGACGCCAAAAACACGGAAAACAGAGGCAUCACCGAGAACACAAAAAACAGAGUAUAGCCCUAGACUGCUUGGUGAUAUGAACUGUGGCCUUAAGUGCGGCGUUAUUUACAAGACGUAA